AUGUGGUGCAUAUGUUCCAUAGUGGCCUCCUGUAAUGAGUCUGAGAGUGAGGGGUCAGUCCCCGAGCUAGAGGAGCCAGAGCCACUGAGACCAUCAGAGCCGCAGUCAAUCUCCUCUGCAGAUGAAGGGCUGAACAGACCAAAACAGAGCCGUAGUGAGAAGAAGGCCCGCAAGGCCAUGUCUAAACUGGGUCUUAAGCCAGUCCAUGGUGUGACCAGAAUCACCAUUAGGAAGUCAAAGAGUAUCCUAUUUGUCAUCAGCAGACCAGACGUAUUCAAAAGCCCUGCAUCAGACAUUUACAUUGUAUUUGGAGAGGCAAAGAUUGAGGACCUUUCUCAGCAGGCUCACAAGGCAGCUGCUGAGAAAUUCAAGGUGCCUGUGACUUCUUCUCCUUUGGCCCCUCCUGUCCCACCCAGCCUCACCAUCAAGGAGGAGAGUGAAGAGGAGGAAGAAGAGAUGGAUGAGGGAGGUCUUGAGCAGAGAGACAUUGAGCUGGUGAUGGCUCAAGCCAAUGUGUCACGAGCCAAGGCUGUCCGCGCACUGAAACACAACAAGAAUGACAUUGUGAAUGCUAUCAUGGAGCUGACCAUGUGAGUGAUAAGGACAAUUUGACCCCUGACCCCCUUCUCCAGCCUAUAAAGCC